AUGUCUUUAGUACGUGAUAUUUUAUGGGAAUCUAGUUCUUCUGACGACGAAAAUUAUAAUGAUUUACCUAAUUCUCGAAAGAAAAAAGUGUAUCAACCACGUGUUAAUCGAUUCCUAAAAUGGAAUGAGCAGGAGUUCUUGGAUAGAUUUCGGAUUUCCAAAGGUUUAGCACGAGCCCUGGCUUCUCAUUUAGCACCAUUGCUCCAAACCAGAACCAUGAAAAACUUUGCAGUUACUCCAGAGCAGCAAAUAAUAAUGGCAUUGGAAUUUUACGCAUGUGGUUCUUUUCAACGCUGCAUUGGGGAUGCUGCAGGUGUUCACAAAUCUACUGUUUGUCGAAUAAUUCAUCGAGUGAGCAGAGCUAUAGCCGGACUAAGAACAGACUGGAUUGCAAUGCCUAAAAAUAUUGAGGAAAUGGAAACUGAGGCCAAAAAAUUUUAUGAAAUAUGUGCAUUUCCUAAAGUAAUAGGAACUAUAGACUGCACACAUAUACCAAUCAAAUCGCCAGGUGGUGCAGAUGCAGAAACAUAUAGAAAUAGAAAACAGGUAUUUUCUCUUAAUGUGCAAGUAAUCACAAAUGCUGAGAUGUACAUUACAAAUAUAGUUGCUAGAUGGCCUGGAAGCUGUCACGACAGCCAUAUUUUCAACAGCAGUGUCAUUAAGGGACGCCUAGAAGAUGGAGAAUUUGAUGGUUUUUGGUUACUAGGAGACAAAGGUUAUGCCAAUAAACCAUAUUUGCUAACACCUCUACGUAAUCCUGUUACAGAAGCUGAAAAACUGUACAAUGAAAGUCAUAUUCGUACUAGAAAUAUUGUAGAACGCAGUUUUGGUUGUUGGAAAAAAAGGUUUCCUGCAGUGUCAUGGAAACUCAGAACAAAUACAGCAAGAGCCCAAUGUGCUAUAGUGGCAAUGGCUGUCCUAUAUAAUAUUUGCAAGAAAUUGAGAGACCCGAUGCCAACAUGUUACGACUCUGAUAAUGAAUCAUCAGAUUCUGAUGACAAUGACCUGACCUCUGCAUAUGUUAGCCAGCAUGACGAGCAUAAUAGGAAUAUGCUAAUAAAUACUUAUUUUGAUAGAUUACAUUAAGAUAGACUAUGUUUUAAAUGAAUAAAUAAAAAAACUUCAAAAAUAAAAA